AUGUGCCUUGCUGAACUCAUACUUGCAGUUGAAUCAGAAAACCUGGAAUUUACUACCGAACCAGAAGCUGAUGCUAUGUAUUGUCUUGAAACAUUAAGUGAACGUCCUUUGAAGGAGGUGAUUGUGGCGGCGGCACAGUCGAUUUGA